AUGAUUUGUUCUGGUCCGCAUUCAGCUGUGGGAUUCCCAACAGAAACGGGGGUAGCAAUAAUAUACGCAAGCAAGGAAGUCUUAGCAACAGAUGAUGUCAGACCUGCAAAGGCAAGUAAACCUGCACCACGCGCAGAAGCAGAAAAAUGGGUGUUGAACAACGCAUACCCAGAACAAACAGUUACCUUAGGGCCUGCAAUGUCCGAUCUAACGCGCGCAGCGCUAAAAAAGCUGUUGUUCCAAAAUAUGGAUGUGUUCGCCUGGACACCAGCUGACAUGGUGGGUGUUCCACGGCACAUAGCUGAACGUCGACUAAACGUCUCAGAAGAAGCAAAACCAGUGGUGCACGCCAAACGCCACUUGGGAGAUAUAAAACACGAUGCUAUGAAAGAACAGGUGCUGGAGCUGUUGAAUGCAGGAAUCAUCAGAGAUGUCAGAUACCAAACAUGGGUGGCGUGCCCAGUAAUGGUACAGAAGCCAAAUGGCAGCUGGAGAAUGUGUGUAGAUUACAAGGACCUAAACAAGGCAUGCCCACGCGACUGUUAUGCCUUACCAGAUAUCGAUGAAAAAAUUGACUCGCUGGCAGCGUUCAGAUGGAAGUGCUUCCUUGACUGCUACAAGGGGUACCACCAAGUCCAAAUGGCUGUCCAAGAUGAAGAUAAAACAGCAUUUCGUACACCGACAGGGCUAUACUGCUACACCAAAAUGCCUUUCGGCUUAAAGAAUGCAGGGGCUACCCACCAAAGAUUGAUGAAUGAAACAUUUAAAGAUGCCAUCGGCAAAUACAUCGAAGUGUACAUGGACGACUUGGUGGUCAUGAGUAAAGAAGAGAGUACGAUGCUGGUGAAUAUUCAGAAGACAUUCGACACGUUGCGCGGUGUAAGUAUCAAGUUAAACCCAGCGAAAUGUUCUUUCCGCAUGGAAGAAGGGAAAUUCCUGGGUUUCAUCGUCAAAAAAGAUGGUUUCAAGGUAAAUCCUGAGAAAGUACAAGCAAUCGAGAGAAUGCCUUUGCCAUCAACCAUCAAAGAAAUGCAGAAGUUGGCAGGACGAUUAGCAACACUGAACCGCUUCCUGGCCAAUCACGCAGCUAAGUCUUUCCCGUUUAUCAAAACACUCCAUAAUUGCAUGAAGAAAAGCCAGUUUCAAUGGACUCCGGAAGCCGAGAGCGCAUUCCGCGAGAUGAAAGAUUGCCUCAUCAAAUUGCCAACAUUGACUGCACCAGUCAAGGGAGAACCUUUGGUGUUAUAUUUGUCGGCCUCUGACAGAGCAGUAGGAACAGUGUUGCUCGUCGAUCGACAAGGUGUCCUAACACCAGUUUAUUAUGUGUCGCGAACCUUGACCGACCCAGAAACCUGGUAUGCCAUCAUGGAGAAACUAGUACUCGCAUUAAUCCAUACAUCAAGACGGCUGCGCAGGUACUUCGCCAACCACGUCAUUCACGUGCUAACAAACUACAAUAUUGGCAACAUUCUCGCAAGGCCAGAGAUUUCAGGAAGACUAGCAAAGUGGGCGAUAGAACUCGGGGGCCAUAAUGUGGUUUUCAGGCCAAGACCAGCAAUCAAGGGCCAAGUGCUAGCAGACUUCAUGACAGAAGUACCCGACGACAAGGAUCGGGAGUGUAAAGCAAUGGAAAAAGCCGAAAAACAGCAAGUAGAAGAACCAUGGCUGCUAUACACAGACGGCACGUCUAACGAAGACGGCGCAGGCGCAGGGCUUCGGCUGGUGAGCCCCGACAAACAUGAAUUCACAUACGCCAUACGUUUGGAUUUCAAGAGCACGAAUAAUGAAGCCGAAUACGAAGCUUUCCUGGCUGGCUUAAGGUUGGCAAUCAAAAUGGGAGUCAGACACAUCGAAGCGCAUGUAGACUCCAUGUUAGUGGCUGGGCAAAUCAAUGGGCAAUACGAAGCCAAAGGAGAUGUAAUGGCACUCUACCUGAGUCAAGCGAAAACGUUGCUACAAACCUUCUAUUCCUACAAAGUGAACCAUAUUAACAGAAGCGAGAAUAAACCAACAGACGCACUGAGUAAACUCGCAUCUACAAGUUUCCAACACCUGGCGAAGGAUGUGCGCAUAGAAGUUUUGAGCAACCCAUCAGUGCCACUAAGAGAAGUAAGCGUUAUUCAAGUAAGAACAACGUCAUGGAUGACUCCAAUAAUCGCGUUCCUUCAAUCUGGGAUACUCCCGGAAAACAAAGCUGAAGCAAGAAAAAUCCAGUACAAGGCUGAACAUUAUCAGAUGGCUGAUGGAAUUUUAUACCGAAAGUCAUACCUUGGGCCAUUGUUGAGAUGCGUUGACCCCGAAGAUGCAAAAUAUUUGAUCAGAGAAGUACAUGAAGGAAUCUGCGGUAUACAUGCCGGGGCAAGAAUGGUGGUGGCAAAAGUGAUGAACGCCGGGUACUACUGGCCCGGGAUGCAUUUAGACGCGGUAAAAGAAUUGAGGAAAUGCAGUGGAUGCCAAAGACAUGCUCCCGAGACGAUGCGCCCCAAAAACGAAUUGGUACCUGUCACAAUGGCAUGGCCUUUUCAGCAGUGGAGAAUAGACAUGGUUGGUCUUUUCCCAGAAGCCCCAGGUGCUGUCAAGUUUAUAAUAGUCGCAGUCGACUAUUUUACAAAAUGGGUGGAGGCAAAAGCACUCGCAUCAACCAUAUCCACUGUCGUCAAAAGGUUCAUAUGGGAGCAGAUCAUAUGCCGUUUCGGGUUACCGCUCAAAAUAAUCACCGACAAUGGGACGAACUUUGCCGUAGACAAUCUUCAACGAUGGUUCAAAGAAUUACACAUCGAGCACAUAUUCUCUUCAGUCACGCACCCGCAGGGGAAUGGUCAAGUGGAAGCAGUUAACAAGGGCAUUGUUGAUGGUAUCAAAGCAAGAUUGGGAGAGAAAAGAAGAGGUUGGGACGACGAGCUGCCCAACAUAUUAUGGGCCCACAGAACAAUGCCGAAGACAAGCAACGGAGAAACACUGAUUAGCUUAGUAUAUGGGUCCGAGGCAGUGAUACCGGCGGAGAUAGGAUUGCCGUCACCACAAAUGCUCUCCAUGAACCUGAUCAACAAUGAAGAAGAAAGGAGGAUCGACCUAGACCUCCUAGAAGAAAGGAGUGAGAUGGCGGCAAUCAACGAAGCAAAGUACAAAACGAAGCUGGAGAAGUAUUAUAACUCCAAAGUCCGAGUCUGCACCUUCAACCCAGGAGAUUACGUCCUGAGAGACAACGAGGCUUCCAAUGCCGAAAAACCAGGAAAACUGGCUCCCAUGUGGGAAGGUCCGUACGUUAUAGACGCAGUACUCGGAAAGGGAGCCUACAAGCUGCGCACCAUCGACAACAAGGAGGUUCCACGAACUUGGAACGCUCAACAAUUGAGAAAAUGCUACAUGUAA